AUACUUUCAUUAAAGUUCGAAUCUUUAAUAAUUGUUAGCUAUUCCCCGUAUGAGAUUAUCUGUAAAAAAAAUUUUUGACUGUAAAGCUAUCUGUUCAUUAAAAACUUUUUUUAUAUUUAUUGUCCAAAUUCGGCAGGAAAAUUGCUGGAUUCCUUGCCACAAGAAAUCUAAGAAAAAAGAUAUAAUUGAGUUUCAUUACCAAAAAUAGACAAAUUAUUCAGCUUGUGACAGGCUGACAGCAGGGAAAGAAAAGAGCAAACCAGAGAAAAAGCCAAACCCAUCCGGUCUCAUUUCCUGCUUGUUUAAAAAUCCUGGCGGUACUGCAUUUUGUUCAGAGUUUCUGAAAGAGUCAUAAGUAAGAAGGAAAAGGAAACCCAACAAAAAAAAAAAAAAAAACCAGAAACCACUAUAACUGCUAAUAGAGCCUUGGCCUUUGUUUCUCUUUCAAGAGACAGAGCUCCCCCAAACCCACCUUCUGUUUCUCUGAAAGAAGUUGUGAGGAUGCCUAGACCAGGCCCAAGACCUUAUGAGUGCGUUAGGAAAGCUUGGCACAGUGAAAGGCAAAAACCCAUCAGAGGUUCUCUCAUUCAAGAGAUUUUCAGGGUUGUCAAUGAGGUUCAUAGCUCGGCUACUAAAAAGAACAAAGAAUGGCAAGAGAAGCUCCCUAUUGUUGUGCUCAAAGCAGAAGAAAUUAUGUACUCCAAAGCCAAUUCUGAGGCUGAAUACAUGGACCUUAAAACACUGUGGGAGCGAACGAAUGACGCCAUUAAUACAAUUAUUAGACGGGAUGAGAGUACCGAAAAUGGAAAGCUUCUCCAGCCUUGUAUUGAAGCUGCUCUAAAUUUGGGCUGCACGCCAAGAAGAACAUCAAGGAGCCAACGGAAUAGCAACCCAAGGUGUUAUCUGAGUCCAAGCACUCAAGAGGCCUCCGGUGUUACUAAUGUCACAGUAGAGAAUUCUAAUCAAGGGACUUAUACUGCUAAUCCGAAGUACAUAUCUCAUUAUCCAAAUUUUGCAAAACCCACUAUGAUUUCUACAAAUCCAAGCCCUGUUGCCCUAAACAAUGAUUGUGCCUCUAACAAGCCUCCCUUUGCAUCUGAGAAUGUUCAGCCAUCUAGUAAUAACCCCAGCUUACAUAUGGAAAACUAUCCAGCAUCAAACUUUUAUUCUGUUUAUCCUUUGUAUUAUGGAAAUCGCCGACAGUUUGAAGAACCUCGGCCUGGUUUUGGAAUCUCUAAGUUGACUUCUAACAUUUUGGAGCCUGCCAAGAUGGGUGUUGAGAACCCCUUUUGCUGUAAUGUAGAUGCUUCCUAUAAGAUGACCGAAACUAAUACAAGGAGAACUCCUGAGAAUACAUUUAAUAGCGUCUGUGAUCUAUCAUUGCGAUUGGGUCCUGUCCCUGUUACAUGCCCGAGUGUUGGAAAGAUUAAGCUCCAAGAUGUUGAAGAUGUUGGUUCUGGUACUUCUCCAAAUGGAAGCAAGUUUAUUGGUCAGUCACCACAGGUGGAUAAAAAGUCCUCUUUCUUUCCUGGGGGAAAUGUUUAUGGACCAUCAGACUCCUGUCCAAGUAAAUGGAGUUUUGAGGGUAAAAGUAGGAAUGUCGAAGCAACAAUGAGAAAGCGAAAGGCAGAUUUUAAUCAUCCUGUGGAGGAUCAGCAGUUCUUUUGGCAGCCAAAGCUUCCUUGUAGUCACUUAACUGGAAGUAUGAGAAAUGCAGGUUCGUAGACUGACUCUUUGCUAAAGUAAGUAAUUUCAGAUCUUGAUGUGGAAGCUUUCUCUGGCAAUGUUGAUAUGGUCAAAUUAGAUUGUGAUGAGUUGCUUUUUUGCAAUGAUGCAACAAAGAUUGUAAAAAUGUAAACAGACUUAAGUUUUAAGUUAGACGUACGUGGACAAACUAACUGAAGAGGCUUUUUAGAUGUGCAAUGUACAAAAGAAUCUUUUGUGUGACUGUUGCUGGUUCUAGAAUAUGGAAAUAUAUGUCAUGAAUCCUAAUAGACUUA